AAAUUUUGUUAGCCCAUGAGUCCCCGCGCACCUCGUAAUGGCCUCUUCGCCAUUUUCUUUGCUGCUCGUCUGUUCGGGUUAGCCAAGAUGGUUAUGCCAGCAAAUAAACCCAGGAUUGUAAAGAAGCGUAAGAAGAGGUUUAUCAGACAUCAGUCUGAUAGAUACCUCAGAGUCAAGCCAAGCUGGCGUAAGCCAAAAGGUAUUGACAACAGAGUCCGAAGGAGAUUCAAAGGGCAAUAUCUUAUGCCCAGCAUAGGGUAUGGCAGCAACAAAAAAACGCGACAUCUGAUGCCAGAUGGGUUCAAGAAAUUUGUCAUUCACAAUGUAAAGGAACUUGAGGUUCUCCUGAUGGCUAACAAAAGCUAUGCUGCCGAAAUUGCCCACAAUGUCUCUAGCAAAAAGAGGAAAGAAAUUGUGGAGCGUGCCCAACAACUGGCAAUCAAGAUAACCAAUGCAAAUGCAAGGCUUCGCAGUGAAGAAAAUGAGUAGAUAACGACACAUGUAAUGUACCAACUUGUGUAGAAAUAAAAGACGUUGUUUGGAUUUA